AUGCUCCUGGCUAUCGCGGCGGAGAACAUGAACUUGCAUCGACGAAUCGCCGUCGCUUUCGUGCGCUGGAUGGGUGAUGAUCCGAGAUUGUAAGCUCAUGAGUUUGAGAUGCUGCUAGAACCAAGCGUUAAGCACACUUGUGUAUCAUUUGCAUUAAUGUGGAUUCGUCGGUGAAGGUAACAUUGUCCGUUUAAAUCUGGGUAACGUUGUGGAACCGGGCCGUAUUUUGAUUGAUUGCGCUAACAGACCAUACGUUUUGAAGGACAUUACAUCACUGACUGUCUUUUUGAAGAAGUGGGCACGAUCGCUGGAACAAAAACUUUAUUUGCUCGACUUAUUGGAGUCCUUCUUAAAACCAUCAUCUGAGACAACAUCCGACACGCGUGGUUUAUUUACAUGGGGCUGCUACCGCACACCUAAAAAAAUUCACGGCUAACCCUCUCCCCCUUCAUUAGGGGUCGUUGCAUUUGGUGGGAUUUCUGUUCAGCGGCCGACAUUCGAGACGGCAAUUUCAUUAAGUGAAAUAAUCCUUGAUGAGGGGGUUAGCCGGCAAUUUCCAUAGGUAUGCGGUAGCAUGAAGACUGCAUCAUAUAAAUACUGCAGCCCCUUGUGCAUAAAGCACCCGUAUCUGUUAUUGUCUCCGGUGAUGGAUUCGAGCAGAAAUACGAAAUUUCAGGCGAAUUGAGCUGUUGAUCAAGUGAUCAUGUCUCCUUCUUUGCGGCUGCCUCCUGGAAUCCACUUCUCCGCUCCUAUUGACUUAAAUGUUUGAUGCUUCUAAGAAGAAAACACGAUAGCUUGAUCAAUUGCCUUAUUCGCCUGACGUUUCGGAUUCCUACUCGAACCCAUCAUCAGGGACAAUAGCAGAUACGGGUGGUUCAUGCACAUGAAAAUGCAGCAUCUAUAGGAUGCAGUCGUUGUUCGUUAUGAUCGAAUGCCAUCGAAUAGCACAGCCAUGGAUUGUUGACGUUACUCUUGUCUUGGCAACGUCCUCUCAGUUUGUCAUGAUAUCGCCGGCACUGUGUUCGUCAGGAAGUUAUAUAUGAGAACAAACUUUCUUCUGACGGACACAGACGAUAAAAGAGUAAACGAAAGGUUUCGGGGAGGAAUUGAUUUUCCUGCCAGGCCGAUCCAAGAAUGAUGAUUAGUCCUGGGGUGACGUUAACGGUAGCUGUGGGAUGCCAACAAAAAAAUUCCAGUCAUACUUGCUAUAGGUGCCGAAUGCUAUUAUAAAUAUGUGCAUGCCGGUAGACGGCACACAAACUUCUAAAAGGGACAAAUUUGUAGCACAAAUGCUGUCGCCUAUGACUAGAGAACAUGAGAAAAGGGUCAGUUUAGUUUAUUUGGUAAGGAUAAUAGGCAAAGCCUUUGAAAACCCUACGUGUCAGCUCGUUAGAAAUAACUGUACACGAACAUUCAUCUGAGUAGCAUUGUCAAAUAUCGAUGUACUUCUAUGCAUAAUCGCAAAGGUGGUGGCUCACACGUACAUCUAUCCUGGUCAUAAAAUCCAGGUUGCAGGACCCUUGUGUUUUCAGACUCCUAAGGACAUGCGUGAACGCACACAAACUGUCAGCAGGCAACAUAUACCGCUUAAUCCCACUGCUCCACAUAUUGACGAGGAAAGUGGUUGAUCCAUGAGCGAACAAACAGUAUGCAAGUCGGUUUAGUCGCAAAUAACCUACGCUAAAAUAAGCCCUGCACUAUGAGCGAAUAGGAGAGAAUUAAGUGGAAGAACCCGUUUACUUGGCAUUUGACAGUUGUAGCGUCUUUGUCAGCGGUGUCCACUGCGGGCUUCACAGCAAGGUGAGAGCAGGCACGGUGACAUACACAUGAUAGCGGACUUGCGUUGUACCUGUCGCACCUUCUCCUCCUACACCUGAGACCGGUGUCAAAGCACUGUCCAGAAGACCGACUCGGGAGAGUGCGCAGGUUGCUGGUGCGGCCGGGCCCGCGCCUAGGCGUGCUGCCACACCCACUGGUCUACAGCAAACACUUGAACAUGGUACUAGCAUUUUACCGAGUAAAGAUCUGCAUUAUCGGUCAGCAAAUGUGCAAAAUACGAUCACGGACUCCAGAGUAAAAAUUUGCCUCAAUGUCACGGUAUCACAAAUUAGAAUUUAAAAUUUAACCUUAAUUUUCUGCCCAAUCUUUGUCAAGUGACCAGCAUUGGGCAGAUUUGCCUUCAUAGUUCCGGGUAGAGACAUCGUUGACCAAUUUACCGGCUGGUAUAUUUGUUGGCAGCCACCUAAGGGUCACCUAUGGCACCCACUGUCCCAAGUUAAAUACUUACGCGACGGAGGCUGUUCUGGAUGAUUCGAAAAACGUCUGAGUAAACAAUUAGAUCCUGCGCAUCUUUGCAUGAUCGAUUUCGAGGUUGCUUAAUUUUAGUGGACCUUGCAGCUAUAUGUCGCUUUUACACAAAUACCAUACUGGCGUAUAAAGUGGAGAGCCGGCGACUCAAACGAAAUAGCCUAGUCAUUCGGUGGACAACAGCGGAGAAAAUAACUGAAGCCUCGCUUUUUGAAAAAAGACCAUUUUAGGACAGGCUAUACGCGCUCUGUUGCAAUUAGUUAAGCAGUUUUCAGCCCACUUUCGAGGCUGAACGGUCUUUAGCAAUUGCAAUAUUAAGGCGGGGUUAUGUCAUAUUUGCUGCCAAACUGCGCUCGUCCAAAUGACUCCCGAUGUACCAUUGAUGAGGUACCCACUGCUUUCCUACUUCUAGGUUGAUACUGAGUGUUAUGCUUCCAACCUGGUUCCUCUCAAUGUGGAUGAGCAAUACGGCUACAACUGUGAUGAUGGUUGCCAUUGUGGAGGCGCUACUGACAAAACUGGACGAGGUCACUGCAGGUUAGUAGCAUUGUUAAAUGCUGAAAACAGUCGCUGUAAAACAAGCUAACUUUGUUCCUUAUUGGAGAAUAAACCCAGACCUGUAAGUUUUUGUUCCCCCUACAGUUCCACCAGAAGGAACAGACCCAAACGAGGCAACUGGGUAUGCUUCAAAUUACCCCUAAAUUUUGAAAUAAUCUGAAAUCGCGUGGUAAGAUUAAAAUGGCUACAUUCCGAUUUUAGCGAUGAGAGCAAAGGCCGGAAGCGACUGCGACGCUUUGCCACAGGAAUCAGCUUGUCCGUCUGUUACGCCGCCAGUUGCGGUGGAAUCGCUACCUUGAUAGGUUCACCACCGAAUAUCAUCUUUUACGGUCUUGCAGUCAGGUAAGAAGACUUUGGUGCGUCGGGGGUCUCCGCUUUUAACCCGAGUUGAGUGCUGCUAGUAAUUUGACUGGGGUACACUAGGGUCGAUACUUUAUAGCGCCAGGUAUAAAUGAUGAUAUGAUGUUGCUCGACGAGAUGACGUCAUUCCUUUCCUGAUUUCAGCCGAUUUGGAAGUGAAAUUCCGCUAAACUUUGGAUCUUGGAUGGCUUACGGAUUCCCCAUGUCUCUGCUCUGCCUAAUUUCUGCUUGGAUUAUCAUAUGCCUACUGUUCCUCGGACCCAAGUAAGUCUACAGAGUGGACUAAGUCCACUGAAGUAUUCAAGAUCAACUUGCAUUUUUAGAGUUUCAAUAUCAAACCUACUUCUGUGUCAUUAAGGGCCUUCUUCAAAUGCGGUCGAGCUAAAAAGAGCAAUCCUUCAGAUGAGUUCCAGGAGGAAUUCUAUAAAGAUCCAACCUCGGCAAAAAGCAAGGACAAGCUGGAAGAACUAGAACGCGCCGUCGACCAGGAAGACAAUGAAGAAAUCUCGUUCGAUAUUGUUGCUAUCGUUAAAAAGAUUUCUGAAGAAGAACGGCGAGUCCUAGGUCCCAUGAAGUAAGUACUCAGGGUGAAAGAUUGACUGAAGCUGAGGUGGCCAGCAUCAUGUUAAAGUAGUUUUUAUGUGUUGCUUGAUGUUCCGCAUCCGCCUUCAGCCCGUGUUACAUUCAUUCAUUGUCCCUAUCCUGCUACCCAAUUAACUUACGGUGGUCAUUUCUGUUCUAGGUUUGGUGAAAUAGCCUGCACGGUCUUAUUCCUAUUGCUGAUUGGCUUGUGGAUUACACGGGAACCCGGUGUGCCCGGAUGGUCGCGUUUCAUGCCAGUUAGCAACGAUUCAAAUGGCAAAGUCGUGAGGUACGCUCAUUUUACCCCCGCUCAAUCAGACGACAGCACAGACGAAUACAAGAGCCCCAGGGCAUUUUUAUUCCAGUUGUAUAUUUAAAAAAGCAUAUGCGACAGAAAUCUUCGUAUCUAUAUGUUUUGUGUUCCCUCAUAAACUGUGGCAUGUUACUCCAUAAUAUGAAUAGAGGCUGGUCACUGCACAGCAGCUUAAAUGUUCUCUCGAAUCCAGUGGGGAAAUUACAAGGCCCUCGUUCAGUGGACAGAGGCUAAGCAAUGAUGAGGAGGCAUCUCAAUACACGAUUGCAUAAAGAAAAAAAAACAGUAGGGCAAAAAUUGGCGUGGGGUUUAAAGAACUGGGAUUUACCACAUGUUCUCGUUAUUUGCGUAAGUUCGGUUCAUCCCUCAUAUGCGGUCUGCUUCCAAGUCUGCUUUACGCACACGUACGUUAGUGGAAAAUUUCAGUCUUAUCUAUAAGUGACAGUUAUCAAUACCCCCACGCCCAGACUGUUCAAUCGGAAGGUUCCUGGCCUGUCCUAAUAACAGACCAGUACGGCGAAUGCAACCCACCCGAAGUUGUCAUUAUUCCUGAUCGUAGUCGCCGCUCGCCUGUCAGGCCACCGUUCUGUCCGAGCAACUGAAGCGGAUUCAAAUCUGGGGUCAAGGUUUGGGAUACAGUUGGUCGGUGGCGGAAAGUAAACACUAAACCAUCAUUAGGCCUCUUUUUUACUACUGAUUAUGUGUAGUGUAGUGUAUUUUAGGGUAAUAGGCAAUUCCCAUGAUGACCCUAUUGAAAACAGUACAUAAAAUAUAAAUGUUAAAUACACAUUUUACUAAAAUAUUGUCAGUAACAUAUUUGUUCACGGAAAACGUUUUCACAGUGGGGGACUGCGAAGGGUGCGGUAAGCAGUCUUUUCAGUGUACAUAGGAAAUUUUAAGUGCAGUUAUAUACAAUCGGCAUAAAGUGCAGUCAUUUGCAUAGUUUGAGAGAAAAAAACUCAUUAAAGGUCAGGGAUGUGUUAAGCAGAGAUGAAAUCAUGAAAUGAAAUUUAUGGCUGGCCGCAGAUAGUCCUGUAGUGAGAGUCGUCGUUUAUCAAAGAUCAAACGAUCCAGCUGCCUUUGAAUACAGCCAUUGUAUCAGAUGUCACAAUUUCACUUGGGAGUGAGUUCCAUGGUCGAACAACACGCUGGCUGAAGGAAAACUUUCUCGUUAAGCGACCGCCAGCGUGCAUUCUAAGCUGAGAUCCCAAACUCAAUACGCCACCCAGGAUCAUUCCUAUGGUUUAGUCAGAGUGGGAGACCACCCGUUGCUGUGACAUCAAAUGUUCGAUUUAGCCGGGGAAAAGUUACACAUUUAAAUAAAUGUUGUUGUUUCCUUGAAGAUACGUGGACGACACUCAACCAACCAUCCUCUUUGCCAUCUUGGCUUGCAUUGUCCCCGCCUCAAACCCCUUCCGUCUUCGUGCUGAUCCAGAUGAAACAGGCAAGUGA